CCAAAUUUUUUCUUUCCAAUUUUUCGAUCUAGUUGUCAAUAUCGUUCCGGCAAUUGUCUGAAGUAUUUUACGUGCAUUUAGAGUUUAAGCUUAUUUAUUAGAUUUAGAAACAACAAAAAUAUCAUGGGGGACUCCCUAGACGGGAGUGAAAGCGCCUCGGAAGCGCAAAAUGUUGUUGCAGUAGAAUUUCAAGAUUUUGCUAAUUACCUGCGCAGAGCUGCAACGGUACUUUUACCUGAAGAUGACAUCGUUCCACCUGCACUAAACGCUGCAUUAGACGACAAAGUUAACCAAGAUUGCAUUAGAAAGUUCAUUUCUGAUCCGCAAGUGUCGUCACUGUAUGUUCAGCGUUUUUCUCUAAAAGAAGAUGAUAGUGAGCAGCCCACAGAGGGUGAAGAAGAGAAAGAGGCAGUUAACUAUCAAAUCAGCAAUGAGGUCCAUUUCACAUCACCACGGGUUGCAGCAUUUGUUUGCAUCAAGCGUGGUGCUGUGAUUGAAGCUGAUAAAUCUAUACACAGCCAGUUGCGUCUCAUCAAUCUUUCUGAUGGCUCACCAUAUGAGACCUUACAUGCUUUCAUCAGCAAAACUAUGGCACCCUUCUUUAAGAGUUAUGUCAAAGAAAGUGGUAGAGCUGACAGGGAUGGAGACAAAAUGGCACCAUCAGUUGAAAAAAAGAUAGCAGAGUUGGAGAUGGGAUUACUCCACUUGCAACAGAAUAUUGAUAUUCCUGAAAUCACUCUGCCUGUCCAUCCUCUGGUUGCUACUGUUAUUAAAAGAGCUGCUGAUGAAGGUCGAAAACCGCGCGUCGCCGAUUUUGGUGACAAAGUGGAAGACUCAACAUUCCUUAACCAGCUGCAGAAUGGAGUCAACCGUUGGAUUAAAGAGAUACAGAAAGUGACAAAGCUAGACCGUGACCCAUCAAAUGGUACAGCUUUACAAGAAAUAUCGUUUUGGCUCAAUCUUGAGCGCGCAUUACAUCGUAUACAAGAAAAACGUGAAAGCAUUGAAGUUGCUUUAACUUUGGAUAUACUGAAGUACGGUAAGCGUUUCCAUGCUACCGUGUCCUUUGACACCGACACAGGACUAAAGCAAGCUCUGGCUACAGUCUCUGAUUACAAUCCACUGAUGAAAGACUUUCCCAUCAAUGAUCUACUUAGUGCUACAGAACUCGAGAGAAUCAGGUUGGCGGUGCAACAAAUAUUCUCCCAUCUCCGUAAAAUUCGAUCUACGAAAUAUCCAAUCCAGCGCGGUCUGAGACUUGUUGAAGCUAUUUCACGGGACUUAGGGCAACAACUUCUGAAGGUUCUGGGUACAAGACGCCUGAUGCAUAUCCCGUUUGAAGACUUUGAACGGGUUAUGACUCAGUGCUUUGAAGUGUUCUCAUGCUGGGAUGAUGAAUUCGAAAAACUUCAAGGUCUCUUGAGGGACAUUGUGAAAAAGAAGCGUGACGAACACAUAAAGAUGGUGUGGCGCGUGUCGCCGUCGCACAAACGUUUGCAGGCGCGCAUGGAGCACAUGCGUCGCUUCCGACGACACCACGAGCAGCUGCGCACUGUCAUGCUGCGCGUAUUGCGUCCUCGUGUGACUGUGAACGCGGAACAACCAGGCGGAGAGGUGACGCAGCCGCUCUCACUACCAAUGGAUGCAGCCGACGCCAACGCCAUCGCUGAGGUCAACUUGGCGUAUGAAAAUGUGAAAGAAGUGGAUUGCUUGGAUAUAUCGAGAGAGGGAUGCGACGCGUGGGAAGCGGCUGUACGUCGAUAUGAAGAUAGAAUUGAUCGUGUGGAGACUCGCAUCACAGCACACUUACGCGACCAGCUGGGCACAGCGAAGAACGCUAAUGAGAUGUUCCGCAUCUUCUCGCGGUUCAACGCUCUGUUCGUACGACCGCACAUCCGCGGUGCCAUCCGCGAGUACCAAACCCAACUCAUACAGCGUGUUAAAGAUGACAUCGAGACAUUGCAUGAGAAGUUCAAGGUGCAAUACCCUCAAUCGAAAUGCAGUCGUUUGUCUCUGGUGCGCGACUUACCUCCAGUGGCUGGCUCCAUCAUCUGGGCGAAGCAAAUAGAUCACCAGCUCACUGCCUAUUUGAAGAGAGUAGAAGAUGUUCUUGGCAAAGGAUGGGAAAAUCAUAUCGAGGGACAAAAAUUGAAAGCCGACGGCGAUAGUUUUCGUUUAAAAUUGGACACUCAAGAAGUCUUUGAUGAUUGGGCACGAAAGGUACAGCAGCGAAAUCUCGGUGUGUCGGGAAGAAUUUUCGCUAUAGAAUCCGUUCGUGCUCGGUCCAGCAAAACUGGGACAAUCUUGAAGCUGAAAGUUAACUUUUUACCUGAAAUUAUCACGUUAUACAAAGAAGUACGCAACUUAAAGAAUCUUGGAUUCAGAGUACCAUUGGCCAUAGUGAACAAGGCUCAUCAGGCGAACCAACUUUAUCCAUAUGCGAUAUCGCUUAUCGAAAGUGUUCGUACAUACGAACGUACUCUAGAAAAGCUGAAUAAUAGGACUUAUACAAAGAUACGAGACAAGGCGUCUAUAAUACCUUUAGUGGCUGGCCUGCGUCGUGAUGUACUGAACCAGGUGUCGGAGGGCAUGGCUCUAGUCUGGGAGUCGUUCAAGCUGGACCCCUACGUGCAGAAGCUGAGUGAAGUUGUUCUGUUGUUCCAAGAGAAGGUGGAAGAUCUACUGGCUGUGGAGGAGCAGAUAUCAGUGGAUACGCGGUCUCUGGAGACCUGCCCGUACUCGGCGCAGAGUCUCGCCGACAUCCUAAGCCGGCUUCAGCGCGCCAUCGACGACCUCUCGCUGCGCCAAUACAGCAACUUGCAUCUUUGGGUGCAGCGUCUCGAUGAAGAGGUUGAGAAGAAAUUGGCAGCUCGUCUCCAGGCCGGAAUUGAAGCUUGGACUGCAGCUUUGUUAGGAAAGGCUAAUGAACUGGAUCUGUCCAUGGAUACUUAUUCGCCCGCCGAGCCGACGCACAAACCUGGUGGAGAACCGCAGAUUGCGCGCGUAGUACAUGAGGUGCGCAUCACCAACCAGCAGAUGUACCUCUUCCCGUCGCUAGAGGAGGCGCGCUUCCAGCUCAUGCGCCAGAUGUUUGCCUGGCAAGCCAUCGUCACCAGCCUCCACCGCCUCCAGAGCACCAGAUAUCAAGUGGGCGUGGCUCGCACACAGACCGUGACAUACAGAAACUUGCUUACGAAGUUGCCGGGCGGCUCCUCGCCAUUGGAGAACGCGUAUGACGCUAUCGAGCAGAAGAUAUCCCAAGUUAGGGAAUACGUCGAUGAAUGGCUACGUUACCAAGCGCUAUGGGAUCUCCAGCCGGAAACUUUGUAUGGACGUCUCGGAGAAGAUAUCACCCUGUGGAUCAAGUGUCUCAAUGAUAUUAAGAAAUCUCGAACGACAUUCGACACGUCUGACACGCGGCGUGAGUACGGGCCGGUGGUGAUCGACUUCGCGCGUGUGCAGAGCAAGGUGGCGCUGAAAUACGACGCCUGGCACAAGGAGGUGCUCGGCAAGUUCGGCGCACUGCUCGGUGGAGAGAUGGUGCAGUUCCACGCGCGUCUCGCCAAAUCGCGCGGACAGCUCGAGCAGCAGACCAUCGAGGCGGCGUCUACCAGUGAUGCGGUUUCUCUUAUCACUUAUGUGCAACAACUGAAGAGGGAAGUGUUGGCUUGGGAGAAACAAGUUGACACAUACAAGGAGGCUCAACGCAUCUUGGAACGACAGAGAUUCCAAUUCCCAACUCAAUGGCUUCAUGUGGACAACAUCGAAGGUGAAUGGAGUGCGUUUAACGAAAUCAUGCGUAGGAAGGAUUCUUCUAUUCAAACACAAGUCGCAUCUCUCCAGCAAAAGAUCGUAGCUGAAGACAAGGCCGUGGAGACUCGUACGAUGGAGUUCCUCGGCGAGUGGGAGCGCAACAAGCCGACAGACGGCUCCACACGGCCAGAGGACGCGCUGGCUCGCCUCCAGGUCAUGGAGUCGCGAUACACCAAGCUCAAGGAUGAACGGGAUAAUGUCGCUAAGGCUAAAGAGGCCCUCGAGCUCCAUGAUACUGGCAGUUCAGUGAACAACGAGCGCAUGACCGUGGUGAUGGAGGAGCUGCAGGACCUGCGAGGCGUGUGGUCCUCACUUAGCAAAAUCUGGACCCAGAUUGACGACAUCAGGGAGAAGCCCUGGCUCUCCAUUCAGCCCAGGAAGCUAAGGCAACAACUGGAAGCAAUGUUGAACGAACUCAAAGAGUUACCAGCGCGACUCCGCAUGUACGACAGCUAUGAAUACGUCCGCAAACUGUUGCAAUCAUACACCAAGGUGAACAUGUUAAUAGUGGAGCUGAAGUCUGACGCGCUGAAGGAGCGUCACUGGCGUCAGCUUUGCCGAGCGCUGCGUGUAGAGUGGGCGCUGUCAGAGCUGACGCUGGGCCAGGUGUGGGACGCAGACCUGCUGCACAACGAGCACACCGUCAAAGAUGUAGUGUCCGUCGCGCAGGGGGAGAUGGCGCUAGAGGAGUUCUUAAAACAGGUUCGCGAGUCGUGGCAGAGCUACGAGCUGGAUUUGAUCAAUUAUCAGAACAAGUGCAAGAUCAUCCGAGGAUGGGACGACCUCUUCAACAAGGUCAAGGAGCACAUCAACAGUGUCGCCGCCAUGAAGCUCUCGCCCUAUUACAAGGUGUUUGAAGAGGAAGCGCUAACAUGGGAGGAGAAACUGAACCGCAUCAAUGCGCUGUUCGACGUGUGGAUCGAUGUGCAGCGCCGUUGGGUCUACCUCGAGGGCAUCUUCAGCGGCUCCGCGGAUAUCAAGACAUUGCUGCCUGUUGAGACCAGCCGUUUCCAGAGUAUUAGUUCGGAGUUCCUGGGCCUGAUGAAGAAGGUGAGCAAGUCUCCGAUGGUGAUGGACGUGCUGAACAUCCCCGGAGUGCAGCGCUCGCUGGAGCGCCUUGCGGACCUGCUCGGCAAGAUACAGAAGGCGCUUGGAGAGUACCUCGAGCGAGAGAGGAGCAGUUUCCCACGUUUCUACUUCGUGGGCGACGAGGACUUGCUGGAGAUAAUUGGCAACAGCAAGAACAUCGCCAGGCUACAGAAGCACUUCAAGAAGAUGUUCGCCGGCGUCGCCGCCAUCAUACUCAAUGAAGAUAACACCAUCAUAAAUGGUAUCGCGUCCCGAGAAGGCGAAGAGGUAUAUUUUACAUCGCCGGUGUCGACGAUCGAGAACCCAAAGAUUAACUCGUGGUUGUCGCUGGUGGAGCGCGAGAUGCGUGUCACUCUCGCCUGCCGUCUCAAGGAUGCAGUGUUCGAUAUCAAACAGUUCAAAGAUGGCAAUGUCGACCCUCAGAAGUUUAUUGAAUGGUGCGAUAAAUAUCAGGCUCAAAUAGUGGUGCUCGCCGCUCAAAUCUUGUGGUCGGAGGAUGUGGAGAAUGCACUAGCUAACGGCGGCGGCGACGGCCUCAAGCAGGUGCUGACUCAUGUCGAGGACAUGCUCAACAUCCUCGCUGACUCCGUGCUGCAGGAACAGCCGCCGCUCAGAAGAAGGAAGCUUGAACAUCUGAUCAACGAGUUCGUACACAAGCGCACGGUGACGCGGCGUCUGAUUGCGUCUGACGUCACCAGCGCGCGCUCCUUCGAGUGGCUCUGCGAGAUGAGGUUCUACUUCGACCACAGGAACAAUGAUGUAUUACAACAGCUGACUAUCCACAUGGCAAAUGCAAAAUUCUUGUACGGGUUCGAGUACCUUGGUGUGCAGGACCGACUGGUCCAGACGCCGCUUACAGACCGCUGUUAUCUCACCAUGACUCAGGCGUUAGAGGCACGACUCGGAGGAUCACCAUUUGGCCCUGCUGGAACUGGUAAGACGGAAUCCGUGAAGGCGCUGGGCAAUCAGCUUGGCCGGUUUGUGUUAGUGUUCAACUGCGAUGAGACAUUCGAUUUCCAAGCCAUGGGAAGAAUCUUCGUCGGUCUUUGCCAGGUUGGUGCUUGGGGAUGCUUUGAUGAGUUCAAUCGUCUAGAGGAGAGAAUGUUGUCGGCUGUGUCACAACAGGUUCAGACCAUUCAGGAAGCAUUAAAGAGCCACCAAGAAGGUGAUAACACGGCUAAAUCCAUAACAGUGGAACUGGUUGGUAAGCAAGUGCGUGUAAGUCAAGACAUGGCGAUUUUCAUAACUAUGAACCCGGGGUACGCGGGCCGCUCCAACCUUCCCGACAACCUGAAGAAGCUGUUCCGCAGCCUCGCCAUGACCACGCCAGAUAGACAGCUCAUCGCCGAGGUGAUGCUGUUCAGCCAGGGCUUCAGGACUGCCGAGAAGCUAGCCUGCAAAAUUGUACCAUUCUUCAAAUUGUGCGACGAGCAGCUGUCGAAUCAAUCUCAUUACGACUUCGGCCUGCGAGCUCUGAAGUCAGUGCUGGUGUCUGCGGGCAAUGUCAAACGUGACCGCAUACAGAAGAUAAAGGAGAAUCUAAUAGAACGCGGUACUGAAGUACCAGAUGAGGCAUCCAUUGCUGAGUCCCUACCAGAACAAGAUAUUCUGAUACAAUCAGUGUGCGAGACAAUGGUGCCCAAGUUGGUGGCUGAAGACAUACCCUUGCUCUUCUCAUUGUUAAAUGAUGUAUUCCCUAAUGUUGGAUACACGAGAGCUGAAAUGACUGGUUUGAAGAAUGAAAUCCGUGCGGUUUGCGCUGAAGAGUUCUUGGUUUGCGGUGAAGGUGACGAACAAGGAUCGACUUGGAUGGACAAGAGGAGGAACGCGUCGUCGCGCGCGCAGCACAGCACAUGGAUAGAGAAGGUGCUGCAGUUAUACCAGAUCUGUAAACUGAACCACGGUCUGAUGAUGGUCGGUCCAUCUGGCAGCGGAAAGUCCACCGCAUGGCGUGUAUUACUAAAAGCACUGGAAAGAUUCGAAGGUGUGGAAGGCGUGGCUCACGUAAUCGAUCCUAAAGCAAUGUCGAAGGAGACUCUAUAUGGUGUACUAGAUCCCAAUACGCGUGAAUGGACCGACGGAUUGUUCACACAUAUUUUAAGGAAAAUAAUCGAUAACGUCCGCGGCGAGAUUAACAAGCGUCAAUGGAUAAUAUUCGACGGUGAUGUGGAUCCCGAGUGGGUGGAGAACCUCAACUCCGUGCUGGAUGAUAACAAGCUGCUCACGUUGCCCAAUGGAGAGAGGUUGUCAUUGCCGCCCAAUGUCCGCGUCAUGUUCGAGGUGCAAGAUCUUAAAUACGCAACGCUCGCUACAGUGUCUCGUUGCGGUAUGGUUUGGUUCUCUCAAGACGUGCUCACAACUGAGAUGAUAUUCGAGAAUUAUUUGUUGAGGUUGAGAAAUAUUCCAUUGGAGGAUGGUGAAGAAGACUCGUUCAGCAUCGUAAUGGCAGCUCCGACCUCUGGAGGUGAUCAGAAUGCCACAGAAAAUAUACUAUCACCUGGUUUACAGACUCAACGCGACGUAGCCGCAAUCCUACAACCGUUGUUCUACGGCGACGGCCUCGUGGUGAAGUGCCUCGAACGUGCAGCUACUCUUGAUCAUAUAAUGGACUUCACACGUCACCGCGCGUUAUCCUCCUUACACUCGAUGCUUAACCGCGGCGUACGGAAUAUACUCGCGUACAACAGACAGCAUCCCGACUUCCCUGUUACUAACGAUCAGCUAGAAGCAUACGUGCCUAAGUGGCUGGUCUAUUCGCUGCUGUGGUCUUUCGCGGGUGACGCUAAACUUAAGGACCGAAACGAAUUAGGUGAUUUUAUAAGAUCAGCGAGCACAAUGGUGCUGCCUAACUGUGGAGCUAAUCAACACAUUAUUGACUUUGAGGUGUCAAUAACCGGGGAAUGGGUGCCGUGGUCAGCUAAGGUGCCACAGAUCGAGGUAGAGACCCACAAGGUGGCGGCGCCCGACGUGGUGGUGCCUACGUUGGACACAGUGCGCCAUGAGGCCUUACUGUACACGUGGCUCGCGGAACAUAAACCCUUGGUGCUGUGCGGUCCGCCGGGUUCUGGUAAGACGAUGACGUUAUUCUCUGCGCUCCGAGCACUCCCCGACAUGGAAGUGGUCGGCCUCAACUUCUCCUCCGCCACCACGCCGGAGCUGCUCCUCAAGACCUUCGACCAUUACUGCGAGUACAGGAAGACGCCCAACGGUGUUGUGUUGGCUCCCGUACAGCUCGGUAAAUGGCUAGUGCUGUUCUGCGACGAAAUCAAUCUACCUGACAUGGACCAGUACGGCACACAGCGAGUUAUCUCUUUCUUACGUCAACUGCUUGAACACAAGGGCUUCUUCAGAGCAUCAGAUCAUUCGUGGGUGCAUUUGGAGCGCAUUCAGUUUGUGGGCGCGUGUAAUCCGCCAACAGACCCGGGCCGCAAGCCGCUCUCACAUCGUCUGCUCAGACAUGUGCCCGUCAUAUAUGUUGACUAUCCUGGUGAAACGUCCCUCGAACAGAUCUACGGUACGUUUACGCGCGCCAUGCUGCGCAUGCAGCCGUCACUGCGCGGGUACGCGGAGCCGCUGACGCAGGCCAUGGUGCAUCUCUACCUGGCAUCACAGGAGCGCUUCACGCAAGACAUGCAGCCGCACUACGUCUACUCACCCAGAGAGAUGACGCGCUGGGUGCGCGGCAUAUGUGAGGCCAUCAGGCCUUUGGACAAUUUGAGCGUAGAAGGCCUGGUACGUUUGUGGGCGCAUGAAGCAUUGCGUCUAUUCCAAGAUCGUCUAGUUGAAGACUCGGAAAGACAAUGGACGGAUGAAAAUAUAGACACUGUCGCUAUGAGAUUCUUCCCAGGUAUAAACCGGGAGCAAGCUUUGGCUCGUCCUAUCUUGUACAGCAACUGGUUAAGUAAAGAUUACAUACCAGUCCAAAGGGAUCAACUUCGAGAAUAUGUCAAAGCUCGUCUAAAGGUGUUCUACGAGGAGGAGCUGGACGUGCCGCUGGUGCUGUUUGAUGAGGUGCUGGACCACGUGCUGCGUAUCGACCGCAUCUUCCGCCAGCCGCAAGGUCACUUGCUGUUAAUCGGAGUCUCCGGCGCCGGCAAGACCACACUCAGUCGCUUCGUCGCAUGGAUGAAUGGCCUCAGCAUCUUCCAAAUUAAGGUGCACAACAAAUACACUGGUGCAGACUUCGAUGAAGACUUACGUUCGGUGCUGCGCCGUGCUGGUUGCCGUGAUGAGAAGGUCGCCUUCAUACUGGACGAGUCUAAUGUACUGGAUAGCGGCUUUUUGGAGCGUAUGAAUACGUUACUGGCCAACGGAGAGGUGCCCGGUCUAUUCGAGGGUGACGAGUUCGCAGCCCUGAUGACUCAAUGCAAGGAAGGUGCGCAGAGGGAGGGACUCAUGUUGGAUUCUAACGAUGAAUUAUAUAAAUGGUUCACCGGUCAAGUGAUGCGAAACUUGCAUGUGGUGUUCACAAUGAACCCAUCUUCGGAAGGGCUGAAGGACCGAGCGGCCACUUCGCCUGCGCUGUUCAACAGAUGUGUGCUCAACUGGUUCGGAGAUUGGAGCGAUGGGGCACUAUUCCAGGUGGGCAAGGAGUUCACCCGGCGCAUGGACCUGGAGUGCGCGGAGUACGUAGCGCCGGCGGAGUUCCCGGCGGCGUGCGGUGAGCUGGGCGCUCGGCCCUCGCACCGUGAUGCUGUCGUCAACGCCUGCGUCUACGUGCACCAGACUCUGCAUCGCGCCAAUGCACGUCUCGCCAAGCGCGCCAACCGCACCAUGGCCAUCACACCCAGGCACUACCUGGACUUUAUCCAGCAAAUGGUGAAGCUGUACGCGGAGAAGCGCGCCGACCUGGAGGAGCAGCAGCUGCAUCUCAAUGUCGGUCUCGGCAAGAUCGCAGAGACAGUCGAGCAGGUCGAGGAGAUGCAGAAGAGUCUUGCCGUCAAGUCUCAGGAGCUACAAGCGAAGAACGAAGCGGCAAAUGCAAAACUACGUCAAAUGAUCAAAGAUCAGCAUGAAGCUGAAAAGAAGAAAGUCGAAAGUCAGGAAAUUCAGGUUGCAUUAGAGAAGCAGACAAAGGAAAUUGAAGCUAAACGCAGAGAUGUGAUGGCGGACCUCGCGCAGGUCGAGCCAGCUGUCAUCGAAGCACAAAACGCCGUCAAAUCUAUUAAGAAGCAGCAUUUGGUGGAAGUGCGUUCUAUGGGGAACCCGCCGGCGAUUGUCAAAGUGGCGCUCGAGUCGAUAUGUCUGCUGCUCGGCGAGAACGCCACCGACUGGAAGGCCAUCCGCGCCGUCAUCAUGCGCGAGAACUUCAUCAACAGCAUCGUCUCCAACUUCUCCACCGAGGACAUCACUGACGAUGUUCGCGAGAAAAUGAGAACUCGCUACCUCAGCAAUCCGGAUUACAACUUUGAAAAAGUCAACAGAGCCAGUAUGGCUUGCGGUCCUAUGGUCAAAUGGGCUAUCGCUCAGAUCGAAUACGCUGACAUGUUGAAGCGCGUUGAACCUCUACGUAACGAGCUGAAGGCGCUGGAAGACCAGGCGCAGACCAACGUGACUGCUGGCAAUGACGUGCGCGAACUUAUUGAACAGCUGGAGAAGUCCAUCGCGUCGUACAAGGAGGAGUACGCACAGCUCAUCAGUCAAGCACAAGCUAUUAAAACUGAUCUCGAAAAUGUGCAAGCUAAGGUGGACAGGUCGAUAGCGCUGCUCAAGAGCUUGGUAAUCGAGCGCGAGCGCUGGGAAGCCAGUUCGGAGACGUUCCGCUCGCAGAUGAGCACCAUAGUGGGCGAUGUAUUGCUUUCCGCAGCAUUCAUCGCUUACGGCGGGUACUUUGACCAACAUUACCGUCAGCACUUAUUCUCUACAUGGACAAGUCACCUGGCGGCGGCGAGCAUCAAGUACCGCGCGGACAUUGCUCGCACGGAGUACCUUUCCAACCCAGACGAGCGCCUGCGCUGGCAGGCCAACGCGCUGCCCACUGACGAGCUGUGUGUUGAAAAUGCUAUCAUGCUUAAGCGCUUCAACCGCUAUCCAUUAAUCAUUGACCCAUCGGGACAAGCGACAGAAUUCAUAAUGCGAGAAUUCAACGAACGCAAGAUCACCAAGACCUCAUUCCUUGACGACUCCUUCAGGAAGAAUUUGGAAUCUGCACUGCGUUUCGGUAAUCCUCUGCUCGUUCAGGAUGUAGAGAACUACGACCCUAUCCUGAACCCGGUGCUGAACCGCGAGCUGCGGCGCACAGGCGGCCGCGUGCUCAUCACACUCGGCGACCAGGACAUCGAUCUCAGUCCAUCCUUCGUCAUAUUCCUCAGUACAAGGGACCCGACGGUGGAGUUCCCGCCGGACAUGUGCUCGCGGGUAACGUUCGUGAACUUCACGGUGACGCGGUCUUCGCUGCAGUCGCAGUGCUUGCACCGUGUGCUCAAGGCGGAGCGACCCGACAUCGAUACCAAGCGCUCUGAUCUGCUCAAACUGCAAGGCGAGUUCCAUCUUAGGUUGAGACAACUUGAGAAGUCUUUACUGCAGGCGCUCAAUGACGCCAAGGGCAAGAUCCUGGACGACGACUCCGUCAUCGCCACACUAGAGACGCUCAAGAAGGAAGCGGAUGAUAUUGGACAGAAGGUGGAAGAGACCGACAAAGUUAUAGCUGAAAUUGAAACAGUCAGUCAGCAGUACUUGCCGCUAUCACAAGCAUGCAGCAGUAUCUACUUUACUAUGGAGUCAUUGAACCAAGUUCACUUCCUGUAUCAAUACUCGUUGAAGAUGUUCCUCGACAUCUUCAGCUCUGUGUUGGUGUGUCCAGCACUCAGCGGCGUCACUGAUUAUACAGCUCGCUUGAAUACCAUUACUGAGGAACUAUUUACGGCGGUGUAUGAGCGCGUGGCGCGAGGUAUGCUGCACACGGACCGACUGACGUUCGCGCUGCUGCUGUGCCGCAUCCAGCUGAAGGGUACGGGUGCGGAGGACACGCUGGAGCGACAGUUUGCGGUAUUCCUGCGCGGCAAGGAGGGCUUCGUGCCCGCCACAGAGCCACUGCCGCCGCUCACUCACCAGCAGCACGACGCCGCCGCGAGGCUCAGCUCCAGACUGCCGGAGUUCCGUCGUCUGCUGGAGAAGGCGGGCGAGUUGCCGGAGCUGUCGGCGUGGUUGUCGCAGGCGGCGCCGGAGCAGUGUGUGCCCACGUUGUGGGACACGGAGCCCAGCACGCCGCCCGCGCCUCACUCGCUAGCCAUGUACCGUCUGCUGCUCAUACAGGCGUUCCGUCCGGACCGCGUGAUAGCGGCGGCGACGCAGCUGGUGAGCGCGGUGCUGGGCGGCGGGUUCAUGGCCCGCGCAGAGACCGAGCUGGAGCUGUCCACCAUUACCGACUCGCAGCUCAACGCCACCACGCCCGCGCUGCUCUGCUCUGUACCCGGAUACGACGCUAGCGGUCGCGUGGACGACAUGGCGACGGAGCUGAACAAGCCGCUUUCGAGUAUCGCCAUCGGGUCCGCGGAGGGAUUCAACCAAGCCGAGCGCGCCAUCAACACAGCCUGCAAGACAGGACGUUGGGUGAUGCUGAAGAACGUGCAUCUGGCGCCGGUGUGGCUGGUGCAGCUGGAGAAGAAGUUGCACUCUCUGCAGCCGCACCCCAACUUCCGGCUGUUCCUCACUACAGAGAUCAGCCCCAAGCUGCCCGUCAACCUGCUGCGCGCCGGCCGCGUGCUCGUCUUCGAGCCCCCACCCGGCAUACGCGCCAACUUGCUCAGGACAUUUGCUACUGUACCCGCAGCUCGUAUGAUGAAACAACCUUCAGAAAGAGCAAGACUAUACUUCCUGUUAGCUUGGUUCCAUGGCAUCGUACAGGAACGCUUGCGUUACGUACCGUUGGGUUGGGCCAAGUACUACGAGUUCAACGAGUCAGACCUCCGCGUCGCCUGCGACACGCUCGACACCUGGAUAGACGCCACUGCCAUGGGUCGCACGAACCUGCCGCCGGAGAAGGUUCCAUGGGAGGCGCUGGUGACGCUGCUGUCGCAGUGCAUCUACGGCGGCAAGAUCGACAACUUGUUCGACCAGCGCCUGCUGCACUCCUUCCUCUGCAAACUUUUCACGCCAAAGUCCUUCGAGGCGGACUUCGCGCUAGUCGCCAACGUCGAUGGGGCUAGCGGCAACCAGCGUCACAUCACAAUGCCGGACGGCAACCGGCGCGACCACUUCCUCAAGUGGAUCGAAGAUCUCUCCGACAGGCAGACGCCCUCGUGGCUAGGACUGCCCAACAAUGCUGAGAAGGUGUUGCUAACAACUCAAGGCAGUGACUUGGUGUCCAAGUUACUGAAGAUGCAACAACUAGAGGACGAGGAGGAGCUGGCCUACAACGCUGCGCAAGACGAUCCUAAUGCUAUAGUGGUUGUAGGCGAUGGGCGGCCGGCCUGGAUGAAGACCUUGCACCAGACAGCCACCGCCUGGCUCCAACUUUUGCCAAAGGAGCUGCCGACAUUGCGUCGUACGGUGGAGAACAUCAAGGAUCCGUUGUACCGGUUCUUCGAGCGUGAGGUGGCGGCCGGCGCGGCGCUGCUGCAGCAGGUGCUGCACGACCUGCGCGCCGUCAUCUCCAUCUGCCAGGGUGAGAUGAAGCAGACGAACGAGACGCGGUCUAUGGUGGGGGCGCUGGUGCGCGGUAUGCUGCCGGCGUCGUGGCGGCGCUACGCUGUGGCCCGCGGCUGCACCGUGCAGCAAUGGGCUGGCGACUUCGCCUCUCGCGUUCAACAGCUCGCCGCCGUCUCUGAGGCGGUCGCCGAGCGCGGUGCCAAGAGACUGCAGAGUAUACCCAUAUGGCUGGGCGGUCUACUAAACCCUGAAGCGUACAUCACGGCUACGCGCCAGUGCGUAGCGCAGGCCAACUCCUGGUCUCUGGAGGAACUGCACUUGCAGGUGACGAUCCCCGACCCGGGUACUCCGACGGAGAACGCUCAGACGGAGUGGUCGUUCUCAGUGACGGGGCUGAAGCUGCAGGGUGCUACCGUCAAGGGCAACCGGCUGCUGCUCACCAACACCAUCAUGGUGGACCUGCCCCUCACCGUACUCACCUGGGUCCGCGGUCCGGAGGAGCCAGUAACCGGACAGACGCUAACGCUGCCUGUGUACUUGAACAGCGCGCGUUCAGAACUAUUGUUCACGGUGCGGCUCUCUAUCGCACCGGGACAGGAGCAGCACGCGUUCUACGAGCGUGGCGUCGCUCUGCUCACAUCCACUGCACUCAAUUAAACA